GAAGAAAAGCAGUCUACACCUCAACGGCCCUCAUUGCAGAUGAGUUCUGGAUUGAAGGAGCGAUUGAAGCGAUGUGGACGCUACCACUCCUCUCCCCUAUCUGGACAGAAUACACACAGCCGGACACACUUCAACCCCCCAUCUCUGGUAUCUUCUAAUAAGUCAGAAUCCCGACAAAUUCUAGAAAAAGAAAACUGUGAUUUACAAAAAAGCAUGGUCAUCAGUCAUAAUGCUGAUCAAAGUUAUCCUGUGAAUUCAUGUACAAUGUCAGAGGUGCAAUUUGCAAAGAGUGUUAGUUUUACUGACAAUAAGGACUUGAAAAUUCUUGGUAGCCAUGAUUCUAAAAGUGGGGAUAGUGGUGCUAUGGUAAACAUGAUUAAACCACAGAAAUUAGACUUCUCAAAGGAUCAAUCCUGUGGAAGUAAUAUCUCCUCCAGUUCAAAUAUUGAAAGGGAUUCACAAAAUAUGGAGAAAAGUAAACUUCAAUCAAUGAUAAAAGAAAGGGAAGAUGUCCUACGAAAACUCAAGCUUGUUCAAUUUUACCAAAACAAGCAUGACCUUGAGAAGAUGGAGGAUUUGAUCAGGAAAUGGCGGUGUGUGUGUCAGGAGGGAUUGGUCAAUCUCCUGAAUUUGAUGCCAGAACCUCGACCUGAGCUUACGGAACUGAUUGAUCAUCUGUGUAUCGAUCACAAGUUGAUUGGUUAUGACAAGGAGGAGCAGUCAUUUACAGAAUGUACAGACUAAAAUGUUUAAUUGAAUCAUGACUCACAGACUGGUUAAAUAAAAACAGUUUUUAGCAUGACAUGUCUUAGAAAAUCACAUUGUUUACAAUGAGUUUCACUUUGAAUCCAUCUUUGUAGAAUUGUUUGUUUGCCCUCAUCUGAAUGACUGGCUAAAAUAGCCCAACUGAAAACUUUUUUAACCUUCAUGAAAUUUAAUUUAAUCUUUAGACAGAUUUUGAAAUUAAAGCACUGAUGUUGCAAGUUUCUUAGAAAAAUUCACCCUUACCAUUAUUUUAACCUGAUUUGGGAGAGGGCAAGCAAAUAUUAUUUGAAAGGUGGCCUGACAAAUUUUUUUUAUAUGAUAAAAUUUCAACUCCAAAUAUUUUCUAGUUCGGAACAUUGUUAUUAGGAUGAAGUGUCUGAAAAUUAUAACACACAUAAAAUACAAUGUACCACAGUUGAUGUUUAAUUUAUGUUACUUUACUGUUUGUUUUAAAUUUAUUUUUGUUACUCAGUUAUGAUCUGUUUUAUAUAUAA